AUCCUGUCAGUGGUUGAAAAUGGCCGUCCGAUGUGGCUCUCUUUACUCACAGUAAGAACAAAAAGUGUGAAGAAAACGGAGGAAUAAUAUUUUAUAGCCACUGCACUGGGAAAGGUUUUACGUAAUUGAGAAUGUCUCGGUGGGUACCUACCAAAAAAGAAAAGUAUGGUGUUGCGAUUUAUAACUACGAUGCCCGCGGUGAGGAGGAGCUGUCCUUACAGAUUGGAGACACUGUACACAUCCUGGAGACUUAUGAAGGCUGGUACCGAGGCCACAGAUUGAGAAGAAAGUCCAAGAAAGGCAUCUUUCCUGCCUGCUUCAUUCACCUAAAGGAGGCCACAGUUGAGGGCAAUGGGCAAAAGGAGACUGUCCUCCCCACUGAGCUGCCCCUGGUCCAGGAGGUCACCACCACCCUGCGAGAGUGGGCCUCAAUAUGGAGGGACCUCUACGUUGGGGACAAGAGAGAGAUGUUCAACUCCGUCCGUGACAUGAUCUACGACCUCAUCGAGUGGCGAUCGCAAAUCCUGUCGGGCACCCUCCCCCAGGACGAGCUUACCGAGCUGAAGCAGAGAGUCACCUCCAAGAUUGACUAUGGAAACAAGUACCUGGACCUGGACCUGGUGGUGCGAGACAAGGACGGCAACAUCCUGGACCCUGAGCUGACAAGCACUAUCAGCCUUUUCAGGGCCCACGAAGCAGCCUCGAGGCAGAUAGAGGAGAGGAUCCAGGAGGAGAAGUCCCAGAAGCAGAAUAUCGACCUGAGUCGCCAAGCCAAGUUCGCCUCCACGCCCUCCUUCGCCCUCUUUGUGACUCUGAAGAACGUGGUGUGCAAGAUAGGGGAGGACGCCGAGGUGCUCAUGUCUCUCUAUGACCCUGUGGAGUCCAAGUUCAUCAGUGAAAACUAUCUGGUGCGAUGGUCAAGUUCAGGGCUGGUAAAAGACAUAGACCAACUUCACAACCUUCGAUCAGUAUUCACGGACCUGGGAAGCGAGGAUCUGAAGAGAGACAAGAUCAGCUUUGUGUGUCAGAUCGUCAGGGUGGGCCGCAUGGAGCUGCGCGACAACAACACCAAGAAGCUGACGUCAGGGUUGAGGAGACCCUUCGGAGUGGCAGUAAUGGACGUCACUGACAUCAUCAAUGGCAAGACGGACGACGAGGACAAGCAGCACUUCAUCCCAUUCCAGCCGCUAGCGUUGGAUGACGCCAUCCGCCACAAGCAGCUGAACAUCUCCCGUUUUUCACCCAGGGUGGCGGGGGAGAACGACUUCCUCCAGACCGUCAUCAACAAAGUCAUCGCCGCCAAAGAGGUCAAUCACAAGGGCCAAGGUCUGUGGGUGACGCUGAAGCGACUUCCUGGAGACAUCCACCAGAUAAGGAAGGACUUCCCUCACCUGGUCGACCGAUCCACCGCCGUGGCACGCAAGAUGGGCUUCCCUGAGAUCAUCAUGCCAGGUGAUGUGCGCAAUGACAUAUAUGUGACCCUGGUCCAGGGCGAGUUUGACAAGGGCAGCAAGACCACCCCCAAGAAUGUGGAGGUCACCAUGUCCGUGUAUGAUGAAGAUGGCAAGAAACUGGAGAACGUGAUCUUCCCUGGUGCUGGGGACGAUGGGAUCCUGGAGUACAAGUCUGUCAUCUACUACCAGGUGAAGCAGCCACGCUGGUUUGAAACCAUCAAGGUUGCCAUCCCCAUAGAAGAUGUGAACCGAAGUCACCUGCGAUUCACCUUCCGACACCGGUCAUCUCAGGACUCAAAAGACAAAUCAGAGAAAAUAUUCGCCUUGUCGUUUGUCAAGCUGAUGAGGUACGACGGCACGACACUGAGAGACGGCGAGCACGAUCUCAUUGUGUACAAGGCCGAGGCGAAAAAGCUGGAGGACUCGUCCCUGUACCUCAGCCUGCCGGCCACCAAGCUGGAGCUGGAGGAGAAGGGCCACCUGGCCACUGGCAAGAACACACAGGUGCUGGGGAACUGCACCAUCAGCAAGGACUCUUUCCAGAUCUCCACACUGGUCUGUUCCACCAAGCUCACCCAGAACGUGGACCUGCUGGGCUUGCUGAAGUGGCGCUCCAACACCAGCCUGCUGCAGCAGAACCUGUGUCAGCUGAUGAAGGUGGAGGGGGGCGAGGUUGUCAAGUUUUUACAAGACACCCUGGAUGCCCUCUUCAACAUCAUGAUGGAGAAUUCUGACAGCGACACCUUCGACACCCUGGUGUUUGAUGCCUUGGUGUUCAUAAUUGGGCUCAUAGCCGACAGAAAGUUCCAGCAUUUCAACCCCGUCCUUGAAACCUACAUCCGCAAGCAUUUCAGCGCUACCCUGGCCUACACGAAACUGACCAAGGUUCUGAAGAACUAUGUGGAGAAUGCAGACAAGCUGACAGACCAGCUCCUGAGGGCCAUGAGGUCUCUGGAGUACAUCUUCAAGUUCAUUGUCCGCUCCAGGGUUCUGUUCAACCAGCUGUACGAGAACAAAGGCGAGGCAGACUUCAUGGAGUCCUUGAGGAACCUUUUCACGUCCUUCAACGACAUGAUGAACAGCUCUUCUGAGAACACUGGCAUGGUGAAGGGCGCAGCACUGAAGUACGUCCCUACCAUCGUCAACGACGUCAAGCUGGUCUUCGAUCCAAAGGAUCUCAGCAAGCUCUUCACAGAGUUCAUCCUCAAUGUUCCUCUGGGCCGACUGGUCAAGCAGAAGCUGCACUGCAUGAUAGACAUCGUCCACAGUGACCUGUUCUCUCAGCAUGACUGUCGCGAGAUCCUGCUGCCCCUGAUGACGGAGCAGCUGAAGUUCCACCUGGAGCAGAAGGAGGAGCUGGAGGCCUGCUGCCGGCUGCUCAGCAACAUCCUGGAGGUGCUCUACAGGAAGAACGUGGGCCCCACACAGUGGCACGUCCAGACUAUUAUGGAGAAGCUCCUAAGGACAGUCAACAGGACGGUCAUCUCCAUGGGCCGAGACUCUGCCCUCAUCGGCAGCUUCGUGGCCAGCAUGACUGCGACCCUGAGACAGAUGGACGACUACCACUACGCACACCUGAUCAAUACCUUUGGCAAGAUGAGGACCGACGUGGUGGAUUUCUUAAUGGAAACAUUUAUCAUGUUCAAGGAUCUCAUCGGGAAGAAUGUUUACCCCGCCGACUGGGUCAUACUGAACAUGAUGCAGAAUAAAGUCUUCCUGCGAGCCAUCAAUCAGUAUGCGGCCGUGCUGAACAAGAAAUUCCUGGACCAGACCAACUUUGAGCUCCAGCUCUGGAACAACUAUUUCCACCUGGCCGUGGCCUUCCUCACCCAGGAAUCCCUGCAGCUGGAGAACUUCUCCAGCGACAAACGGGCCAAGAUCUUCCACAAGUACCAGGAUAUGAGAAGACAGAUCGGCUUCCAAAUCAGAGACAUGUGGUACAACCUAGGUCCCCACAAGAUCAGGUUCAUCCCGGAGAUGGUGGGUCCCAUCCUGGAGAUGACCCUGGUGCCUGAGAUCGAGCUGCGCAAGGCCACCAUCCCCAUCUUCUUCGACAUGAUGCAGUGCGAGUUCCACUUUACCUGCAGCUUCCAGCUGUUUGAGAACGAGAUCAUCACCAAGCUGGAUCAUGAGGUGGAGGGGGGCCGAGGAGACGAGCAGUACAAGGUUCUCUUUCAGAAAAUUCUGCUGGAGCAUUGCAGGAAGCACAAGUACCUGGCCAAGACGGGGGAGAACUUUGUGUCUCUGGUGGUGCGUCUCCUGGAGCGCCUGCUGGACUACAGGACCAUCAUGCACGACGAGAACAAGGAGAACCGCAUGAGCUGCACCGUCAACGUGCUGAACUUUUACAAGGAGAUUGAAAGAGAAGAAAUGUACAUUAGGUACCUGUACAAGCUCUGUGACCUCCACAAGGAGUGUGACAACUACACAGAAGCUGCCUAUACACUGCUGCUCCACGCCAAACUGCUCAAGUGGUCGGAGGAAGCGUGUGCGGCCCACCUGACCCAGCGGGAGGGCUACCAGGCCAGCACCCAGGGCCAGCUGAAAGACCAGCUGUACCAGGAGAUCAUCACCUACUUCGACAAGGGCAAGAUGUGGGAGGAGGCGAUCAUCCUGGGGAAGGAGCUCGCAGAGCAGUACGAGAACCAGAUGUUUGACUUUGAGCAGCUGAGCGCGUCCUUGAGGAAGCAGGCCCAGUUCUAUGAGAACAUCGUCAAGUUGAUCCGGCCCAAGCCAGACUACUUCACCGUGGGCUACUACGGCCUGGGCUUCCCCUCCUUCCUCAGGAACAAGAUGUUCAUCUACAGAGGGAAGGAGUACGAGCGCUGGGAGGACUUCGAGGCCCGGCUGCUCACCCAGUUCCCCAACGCCGAGAAGAUGAAGACCACCACAGCUCCCAGCGAUGAUGUCAAGAUCUCCCCUGGACAGUACAUCCAGUGUUUCACUGUGAAGCCAAUACUGGAGCUGCCACCCAAGUUCCAGAACAAGCAGGUGUCAGAGCAGAUAGUGAGCUUCUACACAGUGAACGAGGUCCAUAAGUUUCAGUAUUCCAGACCGGUAAGGAAGGGGGAGAAGGAUCCGGACAACGAGUUUGCGAACAUGUGGAUCGAGAGGACCACGUACGCCACGGCCUACAAGCUCCCUGGAAUCCUGCGCUGGUUCGAGGUCCAGUCCGUCUCCACGGAGGAGAUUAGCCCCUUGGAGAACGCAAUGGAAACCAUGCAGCUGACCAAUGAGAAGAUAUCCAGCAUUGUGCAGAGACACCAGAAUGACUCCAACCUUCCCAUCAAUCCCCUCUCCAUGCUGCUCAACGGCAUAGUGGACCCAGCGGUCAUGGGCGGUUUCACCAACUACGAGAAGGCCUUUUUCACAGACAGGUACAUACAGGAGCACCCUGAAGACAAGGAGAAGAUCGACAAGCUGAAGGACCUCAUCGCCUGGCAGAUCCCCAACCUGGCGGAAGGGGUGCGUAUCCACGGGGAGAAGGUCACGGAGGCCUUGAGGCCAUUCCACGACCGCCUGGAGGCAUGCUUCAAGCAGCUCCGCGAGAAGGUGGAGAAACAAUAUGGAGUCAAGACCUUGCCGUCGGCGGACGAGCGUCGGGGGAGUCGUCCUCGUUCCAUGGUGCGCUCCUUCACCAUGCCCUCCUCCCAGAGACCCCUGUCUGUGGCCUCCGUCACCUCCAUCUCCUCUGACAACUCCCCCUCCAGACCUGGUUCUGAUGGUUUUACCCUAGAGCCCCUCCUGCCAAAGAAGCUGCACACCAAAUCCCAGGACAAGCUGGACCGCGACGAGCCCGAGAGAGACCGGAAGGACAGGAAGAAGGAGAAGAGGAACAGCAAGCACCAGGAGAUCUUCGACAAGGAUCUGAAAACCACCGACAUCUCCUUGCAGCCGGCCGAAGCCGUCAUACUGUCAGAGACGAUCAGCCCCCUGAGGCCCCAAAGACCAAAGAGCCAGGUGCUCAACCUGCAAGGGGUGGAGCGCCGCCUCUCUGUGUCUCCCGGACCCCCCUCCUCCUCCUCUGCUGCCGGCCCCCCGCCCAUCACCCCCAGGAACAAGAUCUCCUUCAGCCUGCACACAGGCUCCACUGUGGAGCUCAACGGCACGGGCUGUAAAGGCGAGACCCCACCCCCCCUACCAGUGAAGGGCAGCACGGCCGACUACGGGAACCUGCAAGAUAAUCAGGACUCAGCCAGCCCCUCGACGCCGCCCCCACCCCCACCACAUCACAGGCAUCUGCCUCCACCGCUGCCCAGCAAGACCCCCCCUCCACCCCCACCCAAGACCACCAGGAAACAGGCGUCCAUUGAUUCAGGAAUUGUGCAAUGAGCAAAGACACUGGCCUUUCAGAGACUGACCUCUCUUCUUCACACACACACAAACACACGCACACACAAGCGGUCUGACAAGAUGAAUACCUCACUGCAGCCCCUGUCCUCUGAUUCUACCAUUGCCUCCAGUGGGGUGACGUUUCCCACAGGAAUGUGUUGCAAACAUCCCUGAACGUGUCAUCGACACGCCUUCCUCCCACAACCUGCAACAGGCCUGACGUUGUGGUCACACCGUCUCUAAAAGACAUGAGAGCACACUGAUAGUCUUAUUUUAUUUCAGUGGUUAUAUCUUUUUUCCUUCUUUUUUUUUAUCCAUAUUCCCACUAUGUACAGAGGUUUGUAUAUAUGAUUUUAUUGUAUUUUUUUUCUCUGUGGCUUUUCUCGUGAUGUUUUCUGUAUUAACAUGACAAAAGGUUGCUUGGCAUUUAUAUCCCAAAAAAGGGCUUCUUAGUUUUUGAAAUGACAGGGACAGUAAGGAAAGCAUGCCUGUCAUUGAUUUUACUGGUCAGAUUGUGUUUUUGGAGUGCACACCACUUACUCCUUCCCACUUAAUCAUUGUAUAGUAUGUGCUGUAACCUUGGAUUUAAGUAACAAUGACUGCCCCUCUUCACAAUUCACUACUGACUUCUGAAUAAACUUUGCAAAUGUAUGUUUUUUUAAA